AUGGCGGAUUCGACCGGACCGCCUGUGGCGAGUCUGCAGCUGGCGAAGCCUCGCAGCAUGUUCCUCUGCGGCUCGCUGCCGGUCUGGCUCGAUCGCGAGUUCACCACGCUCGAGUUCUCUCCGGGGAUAUCGAGAUCUUUCUUCCACGAUAGGACUCCCGGCAUUCCCAAGGUGAUCCCUCCCCCAGCCCGACCGUCCCUGGACACGCAUCCCCCCGCAUGGCUGCACCGAGACAACAUCCUCCUGCCAGUCGACCGUCCCUCGGACCCUCCAGGUUCCACCUGGGGGGGGUCGUAUCUGCACCACAGCGGCGCGCGCAAGUGCGAGGCGCUGGCGGUGAGGGGUCUGGCGGAGUUUGGGGAGGACGCGGUGGACGUGAUAGCGCCCGCGGACGUGCUGAAGCAGCUGUUCAAACUGCCCUUUUCCAAGGCGAGCCUCUUUGUCAGCGUGCACCGCGUUGGCCGCACGCUCGUGCUCAACCCCGGGGGGCUGGCGGAGUUUGGGGAGGACGCAGUAGACGUGAUAGCGCCCGCGGACGUGCUCAAGCAGCUGUUCAAGCUGCCGUUUUCCAAGGCCAGCCUCUUUGCCAGCGUGCACCGCGUCGGCCGCACGCUCGUGCUCAACCCCGGCUCCGAGCCUUGCUGUGUGGACUCCCACAACGUGAUUGAAGGCGUUCAAGGGGAAGUGAAAGUGGAAGUGGAAGAGGAGGAGGAGCAGGAGCAAGAGGAGGGGUAUGCGCGUUGGGAGGGCGCUGGGAAGGGCAAGCCAUGCAGCAAGCGGGAGAGAAGGCUGGAUAAUGGCAGCAACGGAGGAGCGGGGAGGCGAAUUGAAACAGGGGUAGGAGGAGGAGGAGGUGCGGGGAAGCGAAUGGAGACAGGAGGAGGGGGAGGAGGAGGAGUGGAGGCAGAGAGAGGGGCGGACAGGUUUGCCCGGGUGGUGUUCUGGCAGUUGGAGCACCUGAGGCUGUUUCUUGGCAGCGACCUGAUUCUGUUCAGCAAUGAGAAGCAUGCUGCUGUCAGCCUUCACCUCGUUGACGUGGAGCAUGAGAGCUCCCCUUUGGUGUGGCUCGAUAUAUGGCUCGAUAACCUGAUGGCGGGGGUGCCGGAAUUAGCCAUCUGCUACCAUCACAAGGGCGUCGUGCAGGGCUACGAGCUGCUGCACUGUGACGACGUGUUUCUGCUCAAGUGCCUCGCGAGAGACGGGUCGGCGUCGUUCUACCCCCACGCUGUGAGGGACAGCGCGCUCGCCAUCCUGGGGUUCCUGCAGGACAAGUGCGUGCGCAGCCCCGGCACCUACUGGCUUCGCAAGGAUGCAGGCACUGACGUGCUGCAGCUAUUCGACCUCACUCCACCGCUCCAGAACCCAUCUGCACCGCUCCGCCUCGCCCCAUCCCUCGCUACCCAUCCUUCACCCCUGGGAGAACCAUCAGGAGAGGCAGCAGGGGCAAGAGCGGGACGAGCAAGGGGGGCAGCAGUGGGGACAGCAGGGGAGGCAGCAGGGGGGCUAGCGGGGCGAGCAGGAGGGAACUCCCCGUUAUCUUCUCUCGAUCCGGCUGUAGCAGCGCACCUCUCCCUGCCCCUCGCUAUGCUGCUCUACCGCCUAGCCCUUCAUCUCUCAGACUCCCAUGUGCCUCGGGAUCGGCACAGGACAGCCCAGCUGUUUGGGUACUGCUUGCAACUGCUGCACCAGAAAGACCACCCGGGCCUUCGAGCAACAGCCCACGAGUACAUGGCGCUCUUCUUCCUGCAAAUCCCUCAGAAAGAGCUUCCAUCUCUCCUCCAACCCUCGCACCUCCACUCCCCCCUCCUGCCACAACCACGGCUUCCCCACCCUCCCUUCCUCCUCUCAUCAACUCCCCAUACCGCCCCCCCACACCCUCCCAUCCCCCCUUCCUCCCUCCUCCAUCCCUCUCUCCAACCGUCACUCCCCCAUCCCUCCUCACUCCACCUCCCCUUUCUCCAACCAGUCACGUUCUUACCCUCCCAUCUGCCACCGUCCAAUCUUUUACCCUUCUCCACCCCUUCCUCCGUAUCUCCUUCUGCUCUCACCCCAUCCUCUUGCCUCGCUAUCACUUAUCCCAAAGAUGCUGCUGCUGCUGAUCCUGCUACUCCUGCUGCUGCUGCUGAUCCUGCUACUCCUGCUGCUGCUGCUGAUCCUGCUACUCCUGCUGCUGCUGAUCCUGCUAGUGCUGAUGCUGCAGCUGCUCCUGCAGCUGUGGGCUCUCAACGUUUGGCCAUCGUCCCCACAAACAACGCACACUUAGCUGUCAUUCCAAGAGCUGACCAACCCUUGGCUGUGAUUUCCGAAGCCAAUCAGCAGCUGGCUGUAAUUCCCCAAGCCAAUCAGCAGCUGGCUGUAAUUCCCCAAGCCAAUCAGCAGCUGGCUGUGAUUCCCGUUUUUCCAACGAGCCAGCAGCUCACGAUCAGCUCGCAAGCAGCGCAUGGGUUAGGGGCAGCUGUAGCACAGAAACUGGGUGCCACUGUAGAAAAGGAAACAGGGGCAGCUGUAGCACAGGAAUCAGAAGCUUAUAAGGGGGAUGGGCACGUGGGGCGGGCUUUAAGAGCUGCUGAGCUGGCGUGUGUGGUUGUGGGGGGUUGGCCGUGGGACUUGGAGGAUCUAGGCUUGGAAGGGGAAGGGGAGGAGGGGGGAGAGGGAGGAGUGGGAGGAGAGGGAGAGGAUGGGAGGCGGGAUGAAGAGGAGGAGGGUAGGUUUCGGGGAUUGGAGGGAUGGGGGGUUGGAGGUGAGGGGAAUGGAAUGAAGACUGGUGGCGAGCAGGAAGGGGAGAGAGCGGAGAGGGGGGUGCAAGAGGUUAGGGGGGCGAGAGGUGGGAGGAAGAAAGCGAAAGGGAAAGAUAGGAAGCAGAAGAAGGGCGAAGGAGGGGCGGAAGGAGGAAAUGCUUUACAUGUAGCGAGUCAGCCCGUAAGGGAGAUGAGGGUGGAAGACAGGCUGAGGCUGUCCGAUUCUGGCUGCUCCACGUCUGACGCCCCUGUGCUUCGUGUUUACACUGCGUCACGUACAGUCACACCGCUUAAAGUCACACAAUCUCUCGGUGGGGCUAAAACGAAGGACUCUUCAAAGCCCAGCCAGUCAGCACGCAAGAAUGAGAGGCAGAGCCGUGUUUCUGAAUCUGUAAGGCCAAAAGGGGUGGGGGUGGGAGUGAGCAGAGGAGCAGCAGCAGCAGCAGCAGCAGCAGCAGGGAUGUUGGCGGGAGGGGGAGUAUCUGCAGGGUGGGAGGGUAGCAUGUGGUUGUGCAGGCGUGUGAGUGGAAGGAGCUUUUGGGGUGAGCUGUGGGAACUGGUAGGAGAUUUGUAUGUGGACCUAGAGACUAGGGUCGGAACAGGGUCGGAGCCUGAGCAAGCAGCAAGGCUCGGUGAUUCGAAGCAAGAGGCGAGACUCGGUGACCCAAAGCAAGGGGCAAGGGUUGGUGGUGCGAGGUUGGGCGAGGGGAGAAGGGAAGAAGGCAGUGUGGCUGUGCGGGCUGCAGCAGUGGCUGCAGAGGGAGAGGCAUCUGGGAGUGCAGAGCUGAGGAUAGAAGAGGAGGUGGCAAGGGAGGUGAGACGGGUGAGGAAGAAAAGGAGGCAGAGGGAGGGCAGUGGUCACGGGGCAACAGGCGAAAGGGUCGCGGCUGGGGAGGCAGCAAGGGCAGCAGCAGGGGCAGCAGAAGCAGUAGCAGCUGUAGCACAUGCUGUUUGUAGCGUGUGUGGGAGGGGUGGUUGUAGCUGCUUGAAUGAACGAGCACGACGAGACAACGGUGAAUCAGCAUCAGCAGCACCAUCAGCCCUUCCCCAAGCCGCCUGCUCUGCAACCAGCUGGAAGAGUCGUUGUUUUGGCCGACCGUUCGUGCUCGACCCGAACGCCAACUACCAAUCAGCAGCCGAGUUUUACUCCCGGGCAGCGGCUGCGUUCUCGGCCAAUCACGACGCGACAAGCAAGCAGGUGGUUAUGAGGAAACGCGGAUGGGCCUGCAACGAGCGCGGCCGGUGGCUUCUCAACUCCCCUUCCUCCUCCUCUCCCUCCUCCUCUUCCUCCUCUUCCUCUACCUCAUCUCCUCCUCCACCUCCCACACCCCCACACGCCACCAUAGCAGCAGCACGGGCAGCGCUGGUGGCGGCAGCAGAGGCAUUCUGGGAAGCGGGAGAUGCUCCCAAUGCUGCUCUUGUGCUCUGCAAUCUAGGCCAUGGGGAACGGGCAGAUGCUGAGGUGAUUGCUGCUCCUCUUCUCAUGCUCUCUGAGCAAGCAGGUGCUUCUGGCGUGGGCUUUAGUAAUGCUGCUUCUUCUGCUGCUGCUGCUGCUCCUGCUGCUGGGGCGCCUGUUGCUUUUGGUGCUGGGGAUGCCGCAACGAAUGUUAACGGCGGUGAAAGUGGUUCCGCUGGUGCUGGUGCUGGUGCUGGUACUGGUGCUGGUGCUGGUACUGGUGCUGGUGCUGGGUUCUCGGGCAAGUUUGAGAGAGCGAGGCAGCGGUAUAUGCGGGCGUUGGGGUGGUAUGGGGAUGCUCGCAGGGAGCUGAUGAGGAGUGUGGGGGAAAGUAAGGCCGAUGGUGCUGCUGAUGGGAGUACGGACGUAGCGGGAGGAGCAGGAGGAUCAGGGGGAGUAGGAGUAGGAGGAGGACGAGGUAAGGGUGGCGUGGGGGUUGAGAGUGAGUCAGCAGCAGCACGGGCAUAUGGGGUGGUGUGGAGCGAGGUGAACCUGCAAUUCGCCCACACUUACCUAAGAGUCGGCAUGCUUAUGGCCGCUGCGGAACGCCUGGGCCUCCCAAUGGUCCCUGCUGGGAACAGGAAAGAGAAUGCGGAUAGUUCCAGUUGGUUCGGUGGAGGGAGGGUGGAGAAUGAGAGAGGGGAUGGGGAUGGGGUGAGGGAGGAAAGCGGAGGGGGGGCAGGGGAGGGGAAUGAGUGGGAGUGGGAGGUGCGAGGGUAUGUUUCGGCGAAGGAUGCCUUGAGUAAGGCUCUGAUUCUGUAUGAGUCUCUAGGGACGAGCAGACAGCAAGAAGCUGCCUUUGCUCACUUCCAUCUUGCUGGUUACCACAGGGAUUGUGCCCUUCGUGCUGCUGCUGCUGCUGCUGCAGGAGGAUCAGCAGCAGGGGGUGUGGCGGAUUGGCAGCAGCAGCAGAAGCGCCUGGCAGCGUUAGCAGAGGUGCACUGGCACAAGGCAGUGUGCUUCUAUCGAGCGGAAGCACAUCCGGACAUGUUUGUGACUAUAUGCAUGGAGAGGGCGGGGCUAGCGUCUGGUCUGGGCGGGCAGAAGCAGCAGCAGUGGCAGAGUCACCUCGCGGCUCUGAGACACCUCAUGGCAGUGCAGGCCGCGCUAUCACCACCCCCAGGCCCCUCUCCCUCCCCAGUUCCCGAUUCCAAAACCACGGAGCACUCAAAGCAAGCUCACGACAAGGCGUCCCCUCUCUACAGUCACACGGCUGAGAGGCUGUGCCAUCUCGUACAGUCACACCUGAAGGCCUUGCUGGGCCUUGCUCUGGCAUCUUCCGGCUCAUCCCUCGGUGGGAGGAAGGCGGGUGAAGGUACAAGUGCAGCAGGCUUAGGGGUUGGGAGAGGUGGAGAGGAGUUGGUGGGAGUGCUUCGAGAGGCUUACAGGUGCUCUUUGAAGCUGGACAAGUGUGCAUUGAACCUGCAUUCGAUAUCUGUAUUGGUUGCUCGUUUGCAGUAA